AUGGUGGAUGAUAAGGUCGAUAAGAUCGAGAGAGCGAAUGUUUUUGCUGAAAAGUAUGAGAGACUGUAUUCCUCGGUCUCGUAUGAAGAGAAUGAAAUGAGGGCACUGAUGGAGGAUAUAAAUGCUAGGAUUGGGUCCCCUGAACACGGGGAUAAAUGUGGAAAUCACGUUGUAACUACGAACGAAGUGAAGAAUGCAAUCCUGCUUCUGAAUAAAGGGAAGCAUGGGGGUGAUCAUUCUCUUUAUACGGACCAUUUUAUCAACACUUUAUCUAUCAGUAAUUCUCUGAGUAAAGUAGUUAACCCAAACCCUGAUAGUAAAACAACAAAACCUAAACCUGAAGAGAAACCUAAACCUAAACCUAAACCUAAACCUAAACCUAAACCUAAACCUAAACCUAAACCUAAACCUAAACCUGAACCUAAACCAGAACCUAAACCAGAACCUAUACCAGAACCUAAACCAGAACCUAAACCAGAACCGGAACCUAAACCUGAACCAGAACCUAAACCUGAACCAGAACCAGAACCAGAACAAACAAUUUAA